AUGUUCGCUGAGCGCGUCAAACCUCAGAUGCCUUAUCUCGAAGUACAAACUCCGGUUCCAUCUUCGUCAUCGCUGGCCACUUCUCCUUCCGACCUCCUCAGGGUAUGCCCUGCGGCUCAGUGGUCCUCACUGGGGUACACGAUUUCGGGAUAUGUCGUACGCCUACGCCCAGGAGACACAGAUCACAAGGACAUUAACAGAGGCCAAGACAAGAGUGAGAAAGCCAUAACUAGUGUUUACCAACAGGCUAGCAGAUGCUUACAUUUGCUCUGCCUCCAACAAAAACGGCUUUAUUGCUCUAUAGGAACUUUCAUAAGGGAACAGAUGGACUUCAUCCAGUCCACUGUAAACAGCUCUCUUUGA